CGAUAGAAACUUGCGCCAGAUAUUGCUCAUGACAUUAAGAGCGUAUGAGGCCUCUAAAUUCCAACAAUUUCCCACUGGUAACUUGUUGCCGCAGAGAUGGAUAGUUUCUUAAUCCAAAUACAAUCCGACACAUUUUACUUUAAUGCAGUUUUCCUCAUGAUCUAGUGCUUCUGGAGUUGUCAACAACUAUUCGAAAAUGGCUGUGCAACAGGGACAGACGAAUAUGUAUAUCAAUAAUUUGCCGUGGCUUGAAAGACAGGAAUUAUGCAGGCUUCUUAAUCAGAACGAUAAAUGGGAAGAACUAGCAGGUAAAUGGAUGAAAUAUGAUAUAUCGACUGUUCAACGUUUGAAAAAGACCGAAAAUCCGUCAGACAAGCUUCUUGAAAUGUGGUCUACUUACAAUCAUACAGUACGUGAACUGUUCUUUUUAUUAUAUAAGAUGCAAUAUCAUCAGGCAAUGCUACCGCUGAAAGAUUUCGUCAAUCCCAAGUACCACGUCCUUAUCAACAAAUGUAAAAGGCCUGAAGCAGAAAAAGAUCUGAAAAUAGGUACUGACAAUUUCAAUCACGUUCAACCAGCUUCGACGAAUGUGCAGAAACUUCGUUUGUAUCAAACAAUGCACGAAAGAGUAGCAAAAAUAUUGAACAGGUCCCCGCUGCCGAAUGCAGAUCUAGUACCAAGCAAUUCAGAUAAUAUGCUUGUACGAACUGGUGUAAAUCAAAAUCUUUCUCCAGUCCCAAGUCCGGUAGUGGAUGGUUCUAAAAAUAAUAAUCAAUUGAAAAUAUCCUUUAUCGAUACUGAUCUACCUCAACCAGCAUACGACGAAUUAGCUAAAGCUACGAAUAAUUGGAGCAAACAUAACAUACUGGGAAGAGGAGGUUUUGGAACAGUUUUUCGAGGUAUAUGGAAAGGCACCCCAGUAGCCAUUAAAAAAAUAGAACAACGAGGUUCUGAUUCUAAGGAAAGCUACCUGAUCCAGGUAGAACAGUCGUUAAGAGAAUUGAAAAUUUUGAACGCCCGUAGACACGAUAAUAUCCUGCCGCUGUAUGGUCAUAGCAUAGGCGGAGAAGCCCCAUGCCUGGUGUAUCAACUCAUGCCAAAUGGAUCAUUAGAGGAUAGACUUUCCUUGAGACAAGGAUUUCAGCCCCUAAAUUGGUUGCAACGACAUAAUAUAGCCACGGGUACAGCUAGAGGUUUACAAUACCUGCAUACUAUUGGCAGCAAGCCGCUCAUUCAUGGAGACAUAAAAAGUGCCAACAUUCUAUUGGAUAAAAAUUUUGAACCUAAAAUUGGUGAUUUUGGAUUAGCUAGAGAUGGACCUGAACAGGAUUACAUGAAGGUAAGUCGAGUGCAAGGAACCAGGCCAUAUUUGCCGGACGAAUUUUUGCGAGAUAGGAAUUUGUCAACAAAAGUAGAUACUUAUAGCUAUGGUAUCGUAUUGCUGGAAUUAGCCACUGGGCUAGGAGCGUAUAGUAACGCAAGACCAGAAAAUAAGUUCCUAAAAGCUUAUGUGGACAGCUUCGAAGUAAAGGACAUACCUCAAUUAAAAGACAGUAAAGCCGGCACUGAAAACGAUAAAGUUUUCGACAAUCUGAUAGUUUUAGGAAAAUGGUGCGCAAACAUAUUUCCGAAAGAUCGACCGCAAAUGGUUGAUGUUCACCGCAAGCUUGAAAGAUUGUAAUGGUUCCUGAAGCACGAAAAUGAGUUCUGUAUUUUAUCAAAUGACCUUACGAAAGCUGUUGACCAUGGAAGAAUAGGAUAUUUUCCUACGUUCUGGAGUUUGAAAGUAAUAGACAACAAUGAAAAGAAACGUGAAUGACAAUUUAACAAUGUGUCUUACUACAGAAACUUGAUAUAAGAGCAAUAAAGUAGCAAGGCAUGUGAAUUCAUCAUUUCAAAUUUUUUAACCAGAAUUCAGAAGAAACUAUCAACUUGAAACUAAAAAUAUCAACAUGUUCUGCAAUCAAGUUGCUAACUGUCCUAGGUUAAGAACAAAAAAUAAUGCAAUUCAGUUAAUUCAUAGCGAAUUUAACCAAAUCGACAAGGUAAAUCUCAAAUAAAUUAUUAUAACACUGAUUGUGUAUGAUUUUGUUUCAAGAUGUAUAUUAAUUCAGUUAAAAUAAAAAUACUGAG